AUGGUGUCGGUUGCUCAUUCAGCCCUACUUCUUCCGAGUGUUGGUUACGGUUACCGAAGCGCCUCAGUCUCCAGAUCCAGCUGGAGCCACCGUCCUCUCGCCGUCACCGUGAAAUGCUCUGCUCAAUCUCCUUCUCUAGUUGCGGAGAAGUUUCUCGAAGCUUCCAAGAACGGGAACGUGAUUCCUCUCCACCGAUGCAUAUUUUCUGAUCACCUCACUCCCGUCCUUGCGUACCGUUGUUUGGUUAAGGAGGACGAGAGAGAUGCUCCUAGCUUUCUCUUCGAAUCGGUGGAGCCAGGCCAGCUUUCUAGGAUCGGACGGUACAGUGUGGUUGGAGCACAACCGUGUAUGGAGAUUGUGGCGAAAGAGAACGUGGUUACUGUUAUGGACCACGCGGAUGGGCGCAGGAAUGAGGAAAUUGCUGAGGAUCCGAUGGCGAUUCCUCGUAGGAUCAUGGAGAAGUGGACGCCUCAACUCAUGGAUGAGCUUCCCGAAGCGUUUUGUGGAGGUUGGGUAGGCUAUUUCUCUUAUGAUACAAUGCGCUAUGUUGAAAAGAAGAAACUUCCAUUUUCUAAUGCUCCAGUUGAUGACAGAAACCUUCCUGAUGUUCAUUUGGGCCUUUAUGAUAAUGUGAUUGUGUUUGAUCAUGUUGAAAAGAAAGCUUACGUGAUUCAUUGGGUUCCGCUAGAUCGAUAUUCUUCUGCUGAGGAGGCCCUCAAUGAUGGAAUGAAGCGGCUGGAAACUCUAGUGUCUAGGGUGCAUGAUAUAAUUACCCCAAGGCUGCCUGCAGGUUCAAUAAAGUUACACACUCAUGUCUUUGGUCCAAAACUGGAGAUGUCAAACAUGACAAAUGAGGAAUAUAAGAGUGCAGUGUUGCGGGCUAAAGAGCACAUACUGGCUGGUGACAUUUUUCAAAUUGUACUGAGUCAAUGUUUUGAACGGAGAACUUUUGCAGAUCCAUUUGAAGUCUACAGAGCAUUGAGGAUUGUUAAUCCUAGUCCAUAUAUGACAUAUUUGCAGGCCAGAGGGAGUAUUUUGGUUGCUUCAAGUCCAGAAAAUCUUACACGGGUGAAGAAGAGAAAGAUCACCAAUAGGCCCCUUGCUGGUACUGUUAGAAGAGGAAAAACAUCAAAAGAAGAUAUCAUGUUGGAGAAAGAACUUUUGAAUGAUGAAAAACAAUGUGCAGAGCAUGUAAUGCUAGUUGAUUUGGGGAGAAAUGAUGUUGGAAAGGUAUUUGGUUUUCAAUUGCUGGCUUAUUAUCUUCUGUUUCACAGAGAUUAAUUAAAGACUUGCAAUUUGAGGACUAAAUUCGGAGGUAACCCUUUAUCUAGAUAUGUAAACAAAAAUAUCAUAAAGUAAGGGGAAAAUAAAAGAUAUAUUGGUUUCA